UUUUCGAUAAAUCAAUAUUAUUGAUUAUUGAUUUAUUGCAAAAAAUAACAAUGGCUGAUUCGAUUGCUGCGUGCGCAGUUCAACGGCAGCCAAUCAGUGAGCGUAAUUUCGAUUCGGGUGAUUCCGACUUGGAUUCAAAACUUUGGGUCUUGUCGUCCCGGUGAUGAUGCUCAUUUCUCAACAAGUUGGCGUCCAGGCAUCACUUCUCUCGUGUUCGCUCCUCUUUUUAUUUAUAACCUAAAACCUAUUGAUUAUACUCGGGUUGCUCAGUGCUGGCCAAUGACAAUUUUCUUUUAUUGUAUCAUCGGGUAAUUACAGAAUAUUCUCUAAAUUACUUAAAUUAAUCCUUAUCCUGGAGAUAAUAAAUGUAGUUCGGUUCUGACAAAUGACUCAGAUAAACUUUUGUUAUCAAUAGUAAAGUCAUCAAGGAAAAAAAUUAUUCAAUCGCUGGGGCUAUCAAUGAAUAUAUACAUCCACAGUGUAAAUAAAUACUGAAACUUGCAGGUUUUGUUAUUUUUUUAUUGCUGUGUUUUUUUUGUUUCGUUCUUCAUCAUGGCCACAUCACAAAAAGGUAAUUUCACAACCAUCUUCAAUACAUUUGAAGAUGGUUUCACCCACAUCGACAGCGUUGUCAAGAAGGAAGGUGAGACGUCCAUCAAGCGUGGGCAGAUGGUGUUGAACGUCUCAAAAGUCUCUUCAUCACCUAGAGAGACGCUCCACUUCAUAAAAGACAACCUGUCGAUCAACGCGCCAUUUUGCCCGCUAAUCGUGGCCUAUGGCCGCAGUGGGUCCGGGAAAUCCUCGAUCAUCUUUGGACGAGACGGGUCUCCAUUUCUCGGCUUGGCGCGGAGUUGGUUUCCUCCUGAUAACCAAGUUACCAUCAAGGUGAUGGAGUUCAUAGACUGGCGGUAUAAUGACAUGGUUCGGAGAUGGAGUGGUGAGGCAAAUUUCCAAUCAACUAAGCCUAUAGAUGACCUUGCAGAAACAUCUAUUGUCAACCUUCUCGAUGUGAUCAAAACGCAGACACUUACGGUGACGCUCAACAACAAGCAAUCGUCGCGUGGAUUUAUUUCUAUGACUCUAACAAACCGAUCUACAGACCCACCGAGCGUCGUCAUCAUCUUCGACAUGCCCGGCACCCAGAACGCUGAUGAUGAAACUAAGGAAUUGCGUCAAAACUCGGCGUUCAUCAUGAAAAAUUUGAGCAGCUUCACGGACAUCGUUCGCCGGGGAGAAAGUACUCUUGGAAACCGGCAUUUUUUCCAAUCCCUGGUGGAACGAGUGAGGUUCGCUGAUGUAAGAAAUGUUUUUUUAAUUGUUUGUGCCGCUAGCCCUCUGACCUACAACAGUAGUUCAGAGGCAAUUAAUUUUUUGGCAAACAUUCCUUACAUCCUCGACCCGAGCUAUCAACGGGGCAGUUCGAGACUGCCGGUAGCGUCAACCGCGACGAGGCUUUCUCCUCGGCCUGGCGGGCAACAAAAUCUUCAGUUGUCUCCUCUUCCCGAUCAACUCCGUCAGGAAAUUGAGCAACUGAACAAAGAGUUGCAGGCUGCUCAAGAAGAAUUCGCUCAGCUGGCUGAACAGUAUGCUAAGCUGGGUGAACAGAAUGCGAAGCUGGGUGAACAGAAUGUUAAGCUGGGUGAACAGAAUGCUAAGCUGGCCGAACAGAAUGCUCAGCAGGCUGAAGAAUUGUUUGAGAAGACCAGGGGAUUGAACGAACUGCAGCAAAACUUUAAUGAUAUCAAUGUAGAGUUAGCUGCAGUAAAGCGGAGUGUUGAGGAGCUUCAGCUGAACCAAGAACAAAAUAAUGACAAUAUUGAGGUUAUAAUUGAAGGACUGCUUAGGCGAAUCAAUGACGUCCCUCGCUGGGGCUAGGAGAGGGUCUCUAGGUUUGCACCUGGGGGAUGUUUCCGAUGAAACAAGUGAUGGAAAUGCUGCCGAUGAAGCACGGGGGGAGGGGGAAUGAUGAUGAUGACGGUGUUGAUCGCGAUGAUUUCUUAAAAAUAUAUAAAUAAAUAUGUCAGUUUAAAACAAUAUACCAGUAGCCCGACUUGGGUUUUUAUUAGAAUAAUUAGUUGACUGAUAAACUAUUAUAUCAUUUAACCAGUAAUAAAUAAACAAUAUAUGUCUUUGUUAUAAAUUUAUUAUAUUUAUUGACAUAAAGUUUUAUAGUUGGCUAGGAUAGUAGAAGGGGGUCGCUGAUUGUGCAUUAAAACCUGCACUAUCAAUACAAUCUAUAACCGAUAUUAAUUUUCUUCAUUUAAAAUAAAAAGAAAAAAAAUGAAGCAUUUGUUUGUUGACCCGUAAUCCAGUAUUCACUUAUUCACUAGCCAUCUUCUUAUUAUUAAUAAUUAUUAUCAAUUUUUAAUUGACAUUAAAGUAACAAUUAAUUAAUCAAACGAGCGCAGUUACAGGAUAUAAAUUAAAAUUUAUAUUCACUACCAUUACUAGGAUUCAUUAUUUCACUCUAAUAAACUUUUAUAAAUUAAAAAUUAAAAUUAAAAGAGUUUCUUUUGUAAAAUAAUUAUUUUUAAUUUUAUUUUAAAUUUAAAGUACCGUUAAAUACAUGUGUAUAAAAAAAGAU